UCAGCGAGUCAUUAUUUUAUUUCUAAAGAAUCUCUGACGUUUUGUGUGUGACCUCCACGGUCAGUGUACUGUGCGGAACACUGCUUUCGUUAUGGAAUACCUUUGUUUACGUUAUGAAACUGUCGUGGUUGACACGGGUAUAUCGGCUAUUUGAACUCGACAGUUACGAAAGAGGACCAUAUUUUAGUUCCGGGUUGUUUCGCCAUGUUGAAGAAAAUACACCUUUGUAGACAAGGGAACAGUUUUGCCAUGUUCUGGUAGCCACACUUGAUAACGUUAAACCAACAAACGAUGGAAUACGUUAGAGGCUACCGACAGAAAACCAAUCUGGGUUUAUUUUUAGUGUUUCUCUGUUUUAUGUGUACAGUAUUACCAAGUUGUGGUCUUACGAAGAUAUCAAAAUGUUUCUACAGCAAUAAUUUUGUAACACUGAAUCUCACCUGUGAGUCGGGAACAAUGAUACGCGUUCUACAAAUUUUAGGAGGACAUCACACAGAUAACAGCUGUACAGUGUCAGUAAACACUUCAAUAUGUAACGAAGUUAUAAAUUCAAACAACCAAUUUUGGGCUACUCAGUGUAACGGAAAAAUGCAGUGUGGACAUGAGGUACUUCCUCAGCACUUUCGGAAGUGUAAGAACGCAACAGCAGUGCAAAUGAAGUACAACUGUGUGAAUGACAACUCGACGCUGGACAUAUGUACUGAUAUAUCUCUGGAACGAAAUACAUCUAGUUCGGUUAUAUACCUGAAAAGCCCCGGAUUUCCAAACUCACUUGCAGCUGAAAAAGAAUGUACGUGUAUUGUGAAAACAGAAGGAAAUUUCAAGAAAUUUCAAAUUCUGGAUUUAAGUUUUUUGUACAAUGAUUCUAAAAGAGAAUAUCCACGUUUCAUAGCAUAUAAUGCUGACAUGACUUUGUGGGACACAGAAAAAGAAAAAAAUAUAUCUUGUCCAUCUUGUGACUUUUUCAAAAAACAAAAUCUUAACAUCAGCCAAGGUCACCAUGUUCAAGUAGUUUAUAACAACCAAAACCAAUCUCAACAAAAUCUGUGGAUAGAGAUAACAGGACACCCGUUUAAGUUAAUGACACUUGAAUGUAAUGCCAACAUAUCCGAAAAGAACAGAAUACCACUUCCACAAACAAGCACAACACAAACAUCGAUAUCAUCAUCAUCAUCAUCAUCAUCAUCAUCAUCAUCACCAUCACCAUUAUCAACAACAACAUCAUCAUCAUCAUCAUCACCACCACCAUCAUCAUCAUCAACAUCAUCAUCAUCAUCAUCACCACCAUCAUCAUCAUCAUCAACAACAACAACAACAUCAUCAUCAUCAUCAUCAUCAUCAAGAACACAGGCAACAGAAGUGUCAUCAACAGUAGAAGGAUCAGCUGUAACGGAUAGUCCGUCGUCAAGUUCGAACAUGAAGGAAACAGACAAGAUGGACACGACCGUAAUAAUAGUGGUGGUGAUGGUGGUCGGCCUGGUCGUAAUCAGCGCUCUAAUUGUUGGUGUUAUUAUUUUCAGGAGGAAGAGAGCCACGAAGAAGCACAACCUUGAAGAUAAAACAUCUUCACUGAAGCACGAUAGCAAUUACUUCGGAAUGGAUGACACUCCAAAUAACUGUAAUAACAAUGGAUUUGAAGUUGGCGAUUCUGCUGAAGUAAAUCUGGACAAUGAUGAUGGCAUACCAGAUCUGAACAAGGAAUCGUCUCUGACAGAAAAUAACAAUUAUUCUCCUUGUCCGAAAGAGGCCACAGAACAAGUCGUUAAAAGCAGUAUCUUGCGGUCAUUUUUACCAACAGCAGAUGCCAAUGAUGCAACAAGUGAUCAUUCGCCCGGAGGACCAGAUGCUACUUCUGCGCAUUCAGCAAAUCCCAUUAACAAAUUGGAUACAACUAAUGACUAUGCUACAGUUGUUCCAAAUGAACACAGAAAAGAUGGUCCUAAAAAAAGGACGGGAGAUCGAAACGUGGGUGAAAUAAUACGCAAACCGCUUGGUAACAAGUUCCUGAAACAAACAGCAGAACCAGAUGUUAGAGACAGCGUCCCAUACAGCACGCCGGCAGACAGUAUCAAACUGCCCAGUUCACAAACAGCUGCCCAGUCCUUAAGACAUCACGCUACUGACGACGACCCAUACACCUUACCGGCCGACGCUAUCCAGAAUUCAGCUAGGAAGACAUAUCCUAACUGCGUUCCCGAUGAGCAAAUGAAAGUCAACGAGCUUUAUACUACGCCAACCAGAGAUGAACCUAAAUGCGUCCCAGAGGAACUUAUGGAAGACAAUGCACUUUAUAAUAUGUCCACCAGAAAGGAAAUUAAAGGCGUUCCAGAUGAACAGAUGAAAGUUAAUGAGAUUUAUAACAUUUAAUAAACUAUGGGCUUUGAGACAUCUAAAAAAACAAAACAUUAAAAAAUAGACCAGGGUUAGAAGCUAUAAAUACCCUUCUAUUAAAACAAAAACUCCCAAGGAUAUAUGUUUGAUCGUAUAUUCUAUAGUAAGGCCCCAGCGUCACUCCUGAAAUAUUUCUGUAUAUAAUAAUAGUAAAAAAAACAAACAAUAACCCCCCACCCCCC